CCAGUUCUUAACAGACACAGGGGGGGGGGAUGAGGAACUGGUGGUUCAAAGCCACCCACAUAUCUUCUCUUGUAUUAUCAUCUCAUGUUGGAAAUCAUCUGCCUGCGCCUUCCGGGAGUCAUUCGUAUCAUCCGUCCAUGGCAGCAUCUUCUUCCUUCACUCUAUCAUCCUCCUUCACCCGCCCUAAACCCUCAUUCUUUGCAUCAAAACCCUUUAAUCUAUCCUUAACCCACACUUCAUUUCCCCUCAAAUCCCAGACUUUCAGGGUUUCUUCAAGUGCCGUUUCCAUCUCCAGUCGCCCCGAUGAUCUCGUUGCUUCUAUUCUCUCCAAGGUGACGCAAACGGAUGGUGGAGUUACACUCACCCCAAACCAGCACCAAGAGGUCGCUCAAGUAGCUAAUGAAUUGCACAAGUACUGCGUUGAUGAACCAGUAAAAUGCCCUUUAAUCUUCGGAGAUUGGGGUGUGGUUUACUGUUCGAAUCCUACCUCACCAGGAGGCGGCUAUAGAAGUACAUUUGGGCGCCUCUUCUUCAAGACCAAGGAAAUGGUUCAGACUGUUGAAGCUCCUGAUUCCGUCCGAAACAAGGUCUCCUUCUCUGUUUUUGGGUUUCUUGAUGGACAAGUCUCCUUGAAAGGAAAACUAAAGGUCCUUGACAAGCAAUGGAUUCAAGUAAUUUUUGAGUCGCCUGAACUGAGGGUCGGAGCAAUGGAGUUCCGGUAUGGUGGUGAGAGUGAGGUCAAGCUGCAGAUCACGUACGUUGAUGAGACGAUCAGACUAGGAAAGGGUUCUAGAGGUUCUUUAUUCGUAUUUCGAAGGCGUGGAUAGCUGUGGGAGAUCUAUCAAGCAGUGCCAGUAAUUGUCAACCAACGCCCUCUUGAUCCCAUUCAUGGAUGUGUCUACACUCUAGAGAAUGCAGGAUUUGAUCCGUAACCAAUUUUUCUACUUUCUAGUUUUUUUUUUUCUCUAUAUACUAAUGCAGAUUUUGUAUGAA